AGCUAGAUCCAUUUGUAAAAGAUGUCAGUCUCAGAUCAGUUAGAUCCAGAUUGGUAUGGUUAUGAAUGUAAGCCAGGACAGCUUUUGUUCUACUAUAACAAGACAACAGGAGAACACAGAUGGAACAACAAUAUACCUAUAAAAUGUGAGCCUUUCGAUGAUGGAUAUAGAGAAUGGGUCUCUAUUAAGACUGAACAUGAUCCCUGUGUGGAUGAAUGUUUGUCAAUGUAUAUUGAUGCCAGUCAUGAUCAAGAGACUGAUCACUCAGAUUCACAAGUAAACACAGAAGCCAAUUAUUGUAAACCCUUCCAUAUUAUGGAAAAUGUUUCAUCACAAACUAAUAAGGUCCAAGGUGAAGUUGCCCAAGCAGAAGACAAUGGCUGCACUUCAAGUUCCAUGGAUAAUAUCAUAACAAUGCAAGAUUGUCCACCUAAAGAAAAUGAUGAAAUAACUGGUGCGGAUGAAAGUAAUUGCGAGGACUUGGUUGGAAAAACAUAUUCUUGCGUAGAACGAACAGAUACCAAAAGAACAAAAAACAUUUCUCAUGAUGCGCAACGCAGUAAUUUAGCUAACGAGAAUACAAAGCAACAACCGGCCCAGAGACCAAAGAGGAUGAAAGAUUUAACAUCAAAUGCCUUCAGUAUGAGUACAUGUAGCAAAGGAGGAAGACACGAGGUGUUAGAUUGCCAGGAUCAAAGCAUGCAAGAAAUGAAAAGAGGAUUGAGCUGUGAGUUGUGUGAUUUAUUUGUUAACUCAACUUAUGAUUAUUAUCAUCAUCUGAAAUCACACUGCCUUGAAAAGUCUCAUAUGUGUCCAGUAUGCAAGAAAACACACCAACAAAAGAGUUCCUUGUUUGCUCACUUGAGAAUUCACUGCCGGACAUUUACGCAAAAUGUUCAUAUAGAGGUACAUGAACGUAUCCACUCGGAAUUAAAACCAUACAUAUGUACAUACUGUAACAGGACCUUUACAAGACAAGUUUGUCUAAAGAAACAUGAACUUAUCCAUACAGGUGUCAAGCAAUACAAGUGUACGUACACUAACAUGGCAUUCAGACGACAAAGUCAUGUAAUCCCACACGAACGUAUCCAUACUGGUGUCAAGCCUUACAAGUGUGAAUUCUGUAACGAGAAAUUUGCACAAAAAGAUUAUCUAAAGGUACACAAACUUGAACACACAGGCGUCAAGCAAUACAAGUGCACACGCUGUGAGAAGGCAUUUUCACGACAAAGUCAUCUAAAGCAACACGAACGUAUUCAUACAGGCAUUAAGACAUACAAGUGUACAACCUGUACCAAAGCAUUUACAUAUGGAUUUGAUCUAAAAAAACAUGAACUUAUUUACACAGGUAUCAAGCCAUACAAGUGUACAUACUGUAAUAAGGCAUUUACACGACAUAGUGUUGUAAAAGUGCAUGAACGUGUCCAUACUGGUGCUAAACCAUACAAGUGCACAUACUGUAAGAAGGCAUUUAGGCAACAAGGUCAUCUAGGAAUACAUGAACGUCUUCAUACAGGUGUCAAACCAUACAAGUGUGCGUACUGUAUCGAGGCAUUUACGAGACAAAUUUGUCUAAAGAGACACGAACGUUUCCAUACAGGUGUCAAAUCAUACAAAUGUAAAUGCUGUAACAAGACAUUUGCACGAAAAGAUAAUCUAAAUGUGCAUAAACUUGUACAUACCGGCUUGAAACCAUACAAGUGCGCACGCUGUGACAAGGAAUUUAAACGAAACGAUUAUCUUAAAGCACACGAACUUGCCCAUAUAGGUGUUAAACCAUACAAGUGUACAUACUGUGGCAAGGCAUUUAUGCGACAAGGUCAUCUAAAGCAACACGAACGUGCUCAUACAGGCAUUAAAGCAUACAAGUGUACAACCUGCGCCAAAGCAUUUACAUAUGGGUUUCUACUAAAGAAACAUGAACGUAUCCAUACUGGUGUCAAACCAUACAAGUGUACAUACUGUAACAAUGCAUAUACUCAACAAGGAGAUCUAAAGAGACAUGAACGUAUCCAUACAGGCAUGAAAAAAACAUGCAAGUGUACAUACUGUAAUAAGGCAUUUACUCGCCAAGGAGAUCUAGAGAGACAUGAACGUAUUCAUACAGGUGUUAAACCAUACAAGUGUACAUACUGUAAUAAGGCAUUUACACUUCGAGGUAAUUUUAAGAAACAUGAACGUAUCCAUACAGGAGUCUUGCCAUACAAGUGUGCAUACUGUGAAAAGGCAUUUGGACAAAGAUAUUAUCUAAAGGUACAUGAACGUAUCCAUACGGGUGUCAAACCGUACAAGUGUACCCAUUGUAACAAGGCAUUUACACAACAAUGUACUCUAAACAGACAUGAACGUAUUCACAUUGAUCGGGGUCGGCAUUUGUCAAAAAAAACACUAAGUACACAUGAACAUGAAGAUAUUACAAAGGCAAAACACAGAAUUAUCACAGUUUUUUCUAAAGAUAUGCUCAAAGCAAUUAAAUGUUUGUAUUUAUUCAUUCAAGAUUUCAAGAUAAGAAGUAUUAAAUUUUGUUUGCUAGCCAACAGAGCAUUCAUUAAGAGACAGAGCAUUUUCUAGUUCCAAAAUACCGAUGUGUUCCUUGAUUACUACAGGGACUCAUUUAUUCGGGGUUAGCCUCGUAUCAGUGUCGUAAUAUUUACAAAUACGUAAAGAAUGAAUCACAAAAAAAGUAAAGAAUACGCAACGUUCACAACUUCAUAAAUGAAAACGAUUUGAAAUUUCACGCCGCUUCACUGGAACACAUGAAUAUUAUGCGCAAGAUCGAGGCUAACCCUGAGCAACUUAUUCUCGACUUUCACAUCCACAUAAUCCUUUGCGUUUUUGGGGGCUAACCAGAGGCUAAAAACCCACUUAUUUUGCUGAAGGUUGAUCAGACAAUAUUGAAAAUACC